AUGACUGAGGGGAUCGCUCUUUUUCAUGUUCCUGGCCUAGCCAAGCCUGCUCGUACCUGGUACAAGAUCAUCGGCGAUUUGCAUUCCAAAUCAACCCCAUUAGUUGUCCUGCAUGGGGGGCCUGGAGCCUGUCACGACUACCUCCUGCCUCUGACGGAUCUAUCAGUACCACUUGUCUUUUAUGACCAGAUUGGCAAUGGAAAGUCAACUCAUCUACCUGAAAGGAAUGGUGAUGAGGACUUCUGGUCCGUGGAGCUUUUCAAGAAUGAGCUAAACAACCUGCUCAAGCAUCUUGGCCUGGAUUCACGCCCGAUUGAUGUCUAUGGACGGGCGGCAUGCUCGCAGCCGAAUGGGCAUCUUGCAAGCAUGGAUACCUGGCGUAUUGGCAUCACAUCAUUACGAAAGCAACUCCCCGAAGACGUCCAGGUUGUGCUUGACGAAGCGGAGAAGAGCCAGAAGUUUGAAACUCCUGAAUACGCCGCCGCUAUUGAAGUAUUUUACAAGCGCCAUCUGAGCCUUGCGCGACCAUAUCCAGCUCCCGAAGUUAAGGCUGCACUCGACUGGUUUGAAGCAGAUGGCACAACCUAUGGGACAAUGUACGGGCCCAGCGAGCUUUCGAUUACUGGCUCGCUUCGAAAUUGGACAAUAAUCCCGGAGCUGCACAAUAUUAAGGUGCCAACACUAUUGAUAAACGCCGUAAAUGAUGAGGCACAGGAUGUGACAAUGCAGCCAUUCGCUGACAAUAUCAAGAAUUCGAAAUGGGUAAAACUAGACAAUGCGGCACAUUUUUCACACGUUGAUCAGCGGAAAGAGUAUAUACAGCAUAUCCAGGAUUUCCUCGAGUGA